AUGUCUGGCGAAUCUCCAACCAACGUUACCACGUGGAAUGAAACUAUCAAGCUCUUCCGUGGAGGCAUGCCUCUGAAAAGACACUGGGCAUACUUCCGUAGCUAUGACAACAGCUUCACUGGAUCCGAGGCCGUUGAUUGGCUACAUGAGCUGCUGAAGCGAAACCAUAACUUUGGGCCAGAGGUGACCCGGUACCAGACCCUGCAACUGCUCAGGAAAUUCAUGAAGAACCACGUCGUUGAGGAUGUCAAGGGCCGCUAUGGUAAAGAAGACUUUGAGGACAGUGGUCAAGUCUACAGGUUCCCUCCUACGUCCCCCCUGAAGCCCCUGCCCCAGCGGCCCCCAGUGUCAGAGAACUGCGACCUGCCCCGGCUCAUCCGCUGGGACGACUACGAGGAACUGCCGCAGCCAGAGAAGAUCCCCAUGAAGUCUCUGAUCCUGAACUCAGAGACGUGGAACAAGAGACACAGCAUAGCCAUUGGAGAGGUGCACGAGUGCAAAAUCAUACGCAGGAGUGACAUCACCCCCAAGCAAGUCGACCAAAUCUGGAAGAAAAUGACAAUCACACAUUUGCAGAGAGUGCUGGGUCUGAAGACAAUGGAUGGAGUGUUGGAUCCCAAACACGUGAAUGCAAAGCAUAUCAUUCACAACGUAUUCAGUGUCAACAAAACAGGAAUAGUCAUUGUGAAGAACAAAGCGGAGGACAUGCCCUAUUGGGUUCUAUCAGCAAUGAAGUGCCUAGCCAACUGGCCCAAUGGUAGGGAGACCAAGCAGCCCAUGUACCCAGGCUUUGAGCGUGAUGUGCUGCGGACGGUGGCUGAGUACUUCCAGAGACUCAAGGAGCCCCUGUUGACCUUCCAGCUCUAUGAAGUCUUUGUCAACAUUCUCAGUCUGCUGCAGCAGAAAGAGGUGGCAGCAGAGGCCCUCCAGGUGUGCAGCCUCCUCCUGCCACCGGCCAACCGCCGCAGACUCCAGCUGCUCCUCCGCCUCAUGGCCAGGGUCUGCCAGAACCCCGCCCUUCCCCCGCUUAACGACGCCAUAGCAACACGCACCCUGAUGGUGCAGACAUUCUCGCGUUGCAUCCUGGGCUCUGCAGAGGAGGUGGACCUGGACGAGCUUCUGGCCACCAAGCUGGUCAGCUUCAUGAUGGAGCACCACGACAGUGUCCUCAGGGUGCCCUCUAACCUGCACAGACAUGUGGACGAUCACCUCUCCCACCUCAGGAGGGUACAGAUAAAGUAUGCCGGUGCGGAUACAGACGCCUCCCUGGUGUCUCCGUCGUACUGCAGGAAGAUUAGCAGGGCAGAGUUUGAGGAGCAGAGAGUCUCCAGCUCCCAGGGGUCCAUGCAGGAGCUGCUGGAGGGCCUCAUUGCCGACACUGAGCUCUCAGCCAAGGACAAGAGGAAGAGACUCAAGCAGUUUCAGAAGUCCUAUCCGGAGAUCUACCGCAGGCGGUUCCCCACAGCGGAGAGCAAGGCUGCCGUCUUACCAGAGAAAGCUCCACGGCUCAAACCCCAGCUCAUGCUCCUAACCCUGAAGAAACCCUUCCAGCCUUUCCAAAGGAGUUGGAGCUUUAGGGCCUAACUCUCACCUCUGACUCUGCACGUCUGACCUCUACAGUGUGGCCAGGAGACAGGGAGGAUUAUGGGUGUUGGAGUGUUUGGAGCUUAUUCCACAGCAGGUCAAUGAGAAUAGAAUUCACAGGGGUAAAGUGGCAAUAGAUGGAAUAGUGUUGCCAAUUUGACUUACUAUACUAGAAACUACUGUUAAACUAAGAAGAGGAUGCUAAGAAUCCAUUAAGGGCAGCUUGUGUUAGCCAACAUUAAACAGUGAAUGGAAAUUAUCCUGCAUAACAGGUCCAUAGAAUUGGUCACUACAGGUAGAAUUAUAAAUGUGUGUGCUAUGUUUAAAUUGGUUUCAAAAAACGAAACAAUUUUGACCUUGUCUCAUCGCUGCAACUCCCCAAUGGGCUCGGGAGGUGAAGGUCGAGUCAUGCGUCCUCUGAAACAUGGUUCUUAGCACCCAUUCGCUUAACCCGGAAGCCACCCUCACCAAUGUGUUGUAGGAAAUACCGUUCAACUGACGACCAGGUCAGCCUGCAGGCGCCCGGCCCGCCACAAGGAGUUGCUAGAG